CUCGGAGGUUCUCUUCAUCUUAACAACAACAUUUACAAUCGCACAUCCCCAUUUACGUAUUCUCUCAGACAGUUUAAUUAAUUACCAGAAACUAAGGCAUUUUAGAGUUUCUUAUUUUCGACACCUUUUAUAUUCCAAAAAAAAGAUAAUUAUUCCACAUCAAGCAACUUUUGUUGAAGUUGCGAUACAACAGCUUUAAGAGUGACGCAAACGAGACCUCACAAUCUACUUAAGGGGAAAAAUAAAAAAUAAAAAUAAAAGCAAAAAUGGGCGGAGAGAACUUGCACCACGUCAAGUCGCUCGCGGAGCUGCAAUCCCUAUUCGCGUCAACCACAUACGUGGUCGUGGACUUCUACGCCGACUGGUGCGGGCCGUGCAAGGCCAUCGCGCCGCACUACGAAUCGCUGGCCAAGCAGCACGGGGCCCCGCGCUUCCUCGCCUUCGCCAAGGUGAACGUGGACGCCGCGCAGGACGCCGCGCGCGCGUACGGCGUCACCGCCAUGCCCACCUUCCUCUUCUUCAAGGAGGGCCGCCAGGUCGCCGUCAACGGCCAGGCUGCGAUCCGCGGCGCCGACCCGCGCGCGCUUGCGGCCGCCGCCGAGAAGCUCGGCGGCUUGGCGAAGAAGCGCAUGGCGGAGGCGGAGGCGUAAAUGCUGCGGUGUUGUGGCUUUGAUACGAGAUUGGUGUUGUUUAGGUAUAGGUACCUAGACUUAACCUAUGUACCCAGAAGGAUACGUUAGGAACGAGGCAUUUGGCUUGGAUGAACUUGGCAUACGAAAAUGUCAACCGACGACUCAGAUAGUUAAGUAGUAGUCUUACAGAUCGCUAGGUACCUCUUGGCUUAAUUACCCGAUAAUCAUCUUCGUGUCUGCAUAAGGCGAUCUCUGUCAGAUGCGUACUACAUCCCAGAGCUAUAGCCUUUAAUCCAUGCGUUGCCACGCACUCUUGGAUCUUUGUUAUUUCACUGAUGCUUGACAGAUUGGACUGGUAGAUAAUAAUAAGUAGGUGCCUUUAGCUACCUACCUCCUAGAUGCUUAGACCUGAUCAUGAACUUGAUUACAUACCCCUUAACGUCCCCCUAAUCCCACUAAUUUGUCUAGGUACUUAGGAAUAUGUACUUGAAGUAUUUAUGGUUAAUUCUGGGACUACUUAGUAUCAAACGUGAAAGUCCAAGCAGGUAUCGAAUAUUAAAGGGGUAAAAAAUAUUGGCCCGAGUGGGAUUUGAACCCACGUCUUCCC